AUGCAGUCGGUUUGUCAGAAAGUUGGCCCUUGUUCUUCAUGUUUGAAGAGACAACUAAAUGGCUUCCUGGGAUUAAUUAAAUGGCAGAGAAGACUGGGUCCUGCUUGUGUCAGAACUAUUUACAGUGAGACGGGAAAAUGGGAAAAAAGCUAUGGGUUGGAGACAAGAAAAAGAGUUGAAAAAUGGUGGCUCCCAAGAAUAAAGGAUCAGUUCUGCAGAAUUUCAGAAACUGAUAAAUCAAGACCAAAAUUUUAUGUGCUUUCUAUGUUCCCAUAUCCUUCUGGAAAGCUUCACAUGGGCCAUGUUCGUGUCUACACCAUCAGUGAUGCGGUAGCUCGGUUCCAGAAAAUGAGAGGAAUGCAGGUGAUAAAUCCAAUGGGAUGGGAUGCAUUUGGUUUACCGGCAGAAAAUGCUGCAGUCGAACAUGGGCUUCACCCUGCAAGCUGGACGCAAAGUAAUAUUCAACACAUGAGAGAACAGUUUGAUGCACUAGGUCUGUCUUUUACAUGGGAAAGGGAAAUAACUACUUGCUUACCCGAGUACUACAAAUGGACACAAUAUGUCUUUCUUAAGCUUUUUGAAGCUGGGAUAGUGUAUCAAAAAGAGGCCUUGGUUAAUUGGGAUCCCGUGGAUCAGACUGUUCUAGCUAACGAACAGGUGGAUGACAAUGGUUGCUCAUGGCGUUCAGGAGCAAAAGUGGAACAGAAAUACCUCAAACAGUGGUUUAUCAAAACGACUGCUUAUGCAAAGGCUAUGUUUGAUGCUUUGUCCGAUCUCCCUGAGUGGUAUGGUAUAAAAGAAAUGCAAGCAAAUUGGAUAGGUGACUGUGUUGGAUGCUGUCUUGACUUCUUGCUAAAGGUUAAUGGUAAAGUAACAGAAGAGAAGCUAUCAGCUUACACCUAUACUCCUGAAGCCAUUUAUGGAGCUUCCCAUUUAUAUAUUUUACCGACUCACAGACUGCUGCAUGGGAACAGCAGUCUCAAGGAAGUCUUUCAGAGGGAGUUCAUCCCAGGGAAAGACUCGCUUACUUCAGUGACAGCUGUGAAUUUGCUUACCAAUCAGGAGAUUCCUGUAGUCAUCUCAGCAAAAACCAAUUUUGAGAAUUUUCUUGAUACUAAAAUAGGAAUUCCUAGUACUAGUGCAGAAGAUGCUGCAGUAGCUAAGAAUCUGGGUAUUUCUUUCACUGAAGUCAUCGAGACAUUGCCAAAUGGUUUGGAGAAAGUAAUUAAUUCUGCAGAGAUCACAGGUAUGACUCGGCAGGAGGCUUUAAAAGCUAUUACCCACCAGGCCAAAAAUAAAAGGAUAGGUGGAGACCUAACAAGUGACAAAUUAAGAGACUGGUUAAUAUCUCGACAGCGGUACUGGGGAACACCUAUUCCUAUCAUUCACUGCCAGACGUGUGGCACUGUCCCUGUACCUUAUGAAGACUUACCUGUGGUGUUGCCCAAUGUAACCACCUUCACAGGCAAGGGAGCUUCACCUUUAGAAACAGUUCCAGAAUGGGUGAACUGUUCCUGUCCAAGGUGUAAGGCAGCAGCACGGCGAGAAGUCGAUACCAUGGAUACAUUUGUUGAUUCUGCUUGGUACUACCUGAGGUACACUGACCCUCACAACACAGACAGGCCCUUUAAUAGUGAUUUAGCAGACUACUGGAUGCCUGUGGAUUUGUACAUCGGAGGAAAGGAGCAUGCAGUUAUGCACUUAUUCUAUGCAAGGUUUUUCAACCAUUUUUUCCACGAUCUAAAGAUGACAAAACACAAGGAGCCUUUCCAUAAGCUCUUGGUUCAAGGUCUUAUCAAGAAUCAGACAUUCAGACUAACAACAACAGGCCAGUGUUUGAAGAGAGAGGAGGUUGAUCUCACUGGAACCGAACCAGUUCACCUAAACACUGGUGAGAAGCUCCAAGUUACUUGGGAAAAAAUGAGCAAAUCUAAGCACAAUGGAAUAGACCCUGAAAAAAUAAUGAAAGAGUAUGGCAUUGACACCCUACGUCUUUACAUUCUGUUUGCUGCUCCUCCAGAACAAGACAUUUUGUGGGAUGCUAAAAGUGAUGCUAUACCAGGUGUUCAGAGAUGGCAGACACGCCUCUGGAUGCUUGUAACCAAACUUAUUGAAGCAAGGACUUCAGGAACCAUGCCUAAUCCUGAACUUCUGAAUAAGAAAGAGAAGGCUGAAGCCAGAAAGAUCUGGGAGCAGAAGAAUCUGGUGAUUUCUGAGGUAACAGAGUACUUCACAAAGCAUCAUUUGUUCAAUGCAGCUAUUUCCCGAUUGAUGAGCCUCACUAAUAUACUCCAUCAAGCUUCUCAGCCUCUUAUUCUCCACAGCACAGAAUUUGAAGAUGCUUUGGCUUCACUCUGCAUUAUGGUUGCACCUAUGGCUCCGCACAUUGCAUCAGAGAUGUGGAAAGGUUUGGCACAUAUGCAGAAUAAACUUUGUACUCAUCAUCAGUGGAAUGUUGAUGUGCUGCAUCAUUCCUGGCCCAAAGUAGACCCAGAGUACCUUCAGCCGUCAGAUGUUGUGGAGAUGUCUGUUCUGAUCAAUAAUAAAGCUUGCGGCAAAGUUUUUGUGCCUCAGCAAGCAGCCCGCAAUUUUGAAGAAGUCCACGAGCUAGUUCUUCAAAGUGAACUUGGAGUCAAGCAUCUCCAGGGACGAACCAUUAAAAAGGCCUUUCUGUCUCCCAGAACUGCCCUUAUCAACUUCUUAGUGCAAGAAUAGCAAAGGCUUUGCUGGGCUGUAAAAGGGAACUGGAAUUUUUCAAGAUUAAACCGAUUAAAAAUCUUUAAAACCAGUUAUGGUUAUUUAAAUCUCAUGUAACAAUGGGUUAUUAAAAUCAGGUUGCUGCUAAAUCUUCAUUUCAACAUGGAGAAAUGCGCAGAAUUAAAGUUUCUUAUGGAGACACAGUAAGGUGCUGUUUGUCCAUAUUCUCUGGGAGAAUGAGAAAGAAGCACAGAAGAACUAAAUGAUUGUAACAGAAUAUAAAUGAUAUAAAGCGCAUGGGUUUUAGUGUCAGCCUCAGGAAUACAUCCUAUUGGAAAGUUGGCUUGGCUAAAUGCAGAGGCAUAAAUACGAUUCCAGGACUAAACAACUGAUCUGAGUAUGUGCUACACCAAGUGUUAGGUGUGCUACAGUCAGUCUUUGCUCCCUAUAUCACGUUUGGGUACCCUACAUUAACUAACAUUUAAAUAAAAUGUUAUUACAGAGUGUUAAUUCAAAAAAGGAUUUCUUUAGCACUGGCCAGUGGCCUUGGGCACAGCAGGUAGCCAGAAUGGGGUGGUUUGAUGCAUUUCACAUACCUUUCAGAGCCAAGCCAAGAAAAAGGUUAGAUUAUUUAACCAAGCCCUGCCUUAACCAGGUUCCUCCUUCCUUGCUGGCAUUAUUUCUGUUGGCUCAUACAUGAGACAUUCAAAUUCAGCAAAGUGCUGGUGGUUAUUUCUCCACAGAACAGAAUGGAAGUUACUUCCUACACAUGAGCCAUCUCAGAGACUUUUGAAGGAUUCAAGAAAGGGAUGAAUCAGCUGCUAGAAAUGCAGCAGUGGGGAAGACGGUGUGCUUUUUGCUUCUACUCCUAGGUCUUGUAGUGCCUAGAUCGUAAAACUUGAAUCGAAAUUCUUUCUUUUUCUGAGGGCUUCAUUAAGUGGAAAUAGCUGUCGUAUUUAUAAAAAUCAAUCAGACUUUCAUAAAACACAAAUCCAUUCUCAUGCCUCAUUUCAACCAUUUUAUUUGUACCCUGUCUUGCUGUUACAUCCACAUGGAAAUGUUUAUUCUAUUUAGCAAAUGCUUGAAUAAGUGUUUCCAAAUAAACAAUUACAGGGUUCAUUGUGUAAGAAUGUCUUUUCUUUAACGGCCAUUAAACUAAGUAGUCCGAUAAACCAGCUAUUUAUGAGCCAUUCUGACAGUUAGGAAGUCGGCAGUAACAACCAGCUAGCAAAUAC